UAUCGAUAACAGCCAGCAAAAUGAAGUAAAGUAGCGAAAGGCAAUUAUUCCAUAUACCUUUUACGACACAGGUUGCUUUUAUUGAUGAACACGAUUGAGGAUAUUAAAGGCUGAUGUUUAAUGUGAAGCUUCGCAAAAUAAGUUACUGGAAAUAAAACAUUUCACCUAAGUGAAAUUCAUGGUCAUGUCGGAAAACAGCAACAUUUCCUACUGCCAGGCGGUGGCCAAUCGCACUUCGUUCUUUACCACCGCCUAUAAUGGCAUUCCGGAAACCCUAAUACUCAACACCAUUUUCUGGGUACUCCUGAUCCUUUUGUUUACGGUUCUGCGGCACCAGGCCGGUGACUUUGGACGUCUAGCGCUGGUCAACAGCAACGGCAGCAAGAAGCGCUGGACGGAGAUUUUCUACUCGCGCGCCGCCAGUGUGGUCGAUCCCCAGCCGAGCACUUCAACGCAGGUAUCGCCUAGACCAAGUACCACCUCCCAAGGAGUUCCCGACUCCACGCCCUUGUCCCCUAUCCAGCCGGAGGAGGGGCUUUUCGGCUGGAUACGGGUUACGCUGAAGCUGCGUAAGGAGACCAUACUGCUGCAUACUGGACCGGAUGCCGUGCAUUACUUGUCCUUUCAGCAGCACCUGAUGGCUGUAAUGGCAUUGGUUACCAUAGUCUCCCUGGUCAUUAUUCUGCCUGUGAAUUUCCUGAACGGGCCCAAGGAAAAUCCGUACGAUGUGAAUGCCUUCGGACGCACCACGAUGGCGAAUCUUUCUCCGGAUUCACCUUGGCUGUGGGUGCACACGAUCAUCACGAUUCUGUAUAUUCCGCUCGUAGUGCUCAUCAUGCGGCGCGCCUCGGGACGGAAUGCCUUCAAAAAGGCAGCCACCCGCACGAUUAUGAUUUCAAACAUAUCCUCCAGCGAUCGCAACAAGACUGUGGUACGGAACUAUAUGCAGGAGCUCUUUCCGGACGUCACCAUCGAGAAUGUGUCAAUUGCGUACAACAUUUCACGACUAUACGUAAGGAACGCCGAGUUCGAGCGAGUUCAUGAAGCACGAUUGUACUGCGAGCACCAUAGGAACAGGGAUACUCUCAUGGUUAAACCAGAAAUGUGUUCCUGCAAAAAGGAGAACGCCUACGAAUAUUAUCAGCGAGAGGAGCGCAAGUUGUCCGGCGAUGUUGCCCGUCUGCGUGCUUCCACCAUGAAUGAGCCCCUGGACAUUGCGUUUAUCACCGUGUCCACUGUGCAGGAGGCCCAGAACAUAGUAACGCACUUUACACCGGGCACCUACCGCCAAUGGCACUUGGUGUUCGCUCCGUCGCCUGAUGAUCUUUUUUGGGAGAACCUAAAUGUGAAUAAGAGUCAUUGGUACUUGAAAUUCUUCUGUGUGAAUGCAGUGCUUUUUCUUGUUCUCUUCUUCCUGUCCACACCGGCCAUGGUGGUAAGCCUUCUAAACAGUCGACCAUGGGUAAAGGAAACAGAGGGUAAGAUCUCGCCCCUCGUUGCCGACUUCCUGCCCACAUUGAUGCUCUGGACUCUUUCGGCUCUAAUGCCUGUGAUUGUUGCCAUUUCGGACAAGUGGAUGCGGCACUACACGCGCUCCAAGCAGAACUACUCAAUCAUGACGAAGUGCUUUGGCUAUCUGCUUAUGAUGAUCAUGAUUCUGCCUUCCCUCGGACUGACAUCGGCACAGGCGCUGCUAGAGUGGGGAUUCUUAAAUCAGACUGAUCGCUGGCAGUGCAUUUUCCUGCCGGAUCGCGGCUCCUUCUAUGUGAACUACAUCAUUACGGCUGCGUUUAUCGGUACAGCGUUGGAGCUGCUACGCUUCCCGGAGCUGAUUGUAUAUAUCUGGUCAUUGCUAAAGGCGAAAUCCAAGGCCGAAACGCCGUACAUUCGUAAGGCUAUUCUAAUCGAGUUUCCUUUCGGAACGCACUACGCCUGGACAACGCUCGUUUUCACCAUAGCCAUUGUGUAUAGCGUUGCCUGUCCGCUGAUUAUGCCGUUCGCCAUGAUCUACAUCUGCCUAAAACACUUCGUGGAUCGCCACAACCUCUACUUUGCCUACGGUCCGUCAAACAUGAUAUCACGCAAGGGUGGUAAGAUCCACUCCACUGCAGUUACGAUGACAAAGUUCUCGGUCGUGAUCCUGGUACUGGUCAUGGCCAUGAUUUGUUUCUUCCGUGGCGAUAACGGAAUGGCUCGAUUCCUGCUGCUUAUCAUCAGCCUGGCUAUCACAUUGACUUUGUUCACCUUUAUGUCACCAAUUAAGCGGUGUGCGGCCACGCGCCGCCCAAGCAUUGUGGAAAUUGCCGGUCCGGCACCCAUCUACGUGCCCGAUGUGCUGAAAGAUAAUGGGAUAAGGACCAGCAGUGUGCGACCUUCGGCGGCAGCAUUUGGGGGCUACGGCUCCGACAGCGUGUCCGAGUACGACAGCUCACAAUACAGCGUCAACAGUGUUGAGGCGUAAAUGGUAUUAUUGUCGGGAGACACUACAAAUAUUUUUGUAAUAUAUCUACAAAAGCCACUAAGAACUUUUCAAGUUGGCAGCUUUGAUUUGCAUACGAAAGAAUGACAGGAGGAUAACAGCAAGGCAAUUUGUGAUACCUAAACCAGCCUCAAUGUCAUUUUUAAUAUGACCCCUGCACGCGAAAGCGAUAGCAAUAUUUAUUUCUGAUCUGUAUAUAAUCUACCUAAUUUCCCAAUUUUAUCUGUAACUGUAUAUAUACUAUAUUCCUUUGCUAACUGCUUAACAAAGGGCUCGACGCUGAUUUUUUGAAGCAGUAAUGCUGGUAAUAUUUUACAAAUGAAACACGAAGUGCAUUAUAUUUUCAAGUAAUUUUUUAUUUAUGGUAAAUAAAAAACUAUUAAG